CCCAGCGGCAGCUUCGUGCGGCCGCGGCGCAGACCUCGGCGCGGGAAAUGCUAAAACUGCCGACUCGGCGAACUAUGCCGCCCGAGCCCGCUGAGUAGCUCAAACGCUUCUAUGAAUGUCUCGACACCGAGCGACGCUGGACUGGAAGCCGGGCGAGCAGCCCGGCGCGAGGCAGCUUCUGGAAAUUUGCCGAGCAUCGUUCCCAAACUCGCUCUCCCGGCCGCCCGGCGCCCCGCUCAUGCGUUUGUAUAUCAGUAAAUGAUAUGUUGAAUUCACAUUAUGCACAUAUCGGCGCGAGCUCGCGCCGGAGUGCGCGCGGGACCGCUCGCAAAGUUUUUAUGCUCGCGAAACCGUCGCGACCUGUUUUCUCCGCGCGCGGCCGGCGCCGCGCCCCCAUUUUUGAUAGCGUGCAUAUCUAGUAUGCGAGUGCUACAACACUGCAUAUCACCGGCGGCCGCGCGGCCGCGCAUUUGCGUUCCAGCGGCAGGUUCACGCGGCCGCGGCGUCGACCUCGGCGCGGGAAAUGCUAAAAAUGCCGACUCGGCGAACUAUGCCGCCCGAGCCCGCUGACCGGCCCAAACGCUUCUAUGAAUGUCUCGACACCGAGCGGCGCUGGGCUGGAGGCCGGGCGAGCAGCCCGGUGCGACGCAGCUUCUGGAAAUUUGCCGAGCAUCGUUCCCAAACUCGCUCUCCCGAUCGCUCGGCGCCCCGCUGAUGCGAUUGUAUAUCAGUAAACGAUAUGUUGAAUUCAUAUUAUGCACAUAUCGGCGCGGGCUCGCGCCGGAGUGCGCGCGGGACCGCUCGCAAGGUUUUUAUGCUCGUGAAACCGUCGCGACCUUUUUUCUCCGCGCGCGGCCGGCGCCGCGCCCCCAUUUUUGAUAUCGUGCAUAUCUAGUAUGCGAGUGCUACAACACUGCAUAUCACCGGCGGCCGCGCGGCUGCGGCGAGCGGAAGGGCGAGUGUACGGCGCGCACGCACGCACGGACGCACGGACGCAGUGAAAUUUUGAGGGCGACACAUCCCUCCGCAAUCGGAGAUUGCUCCGGGAAGAUUGCUCCGGGAAUCGGAGAUUGCUCCGGGAACAUGACGGGAUGCUGACGCAUCCCCCCGGAGCAAUUUUGAGGGGGCGGGAGGUUGAGGCAGCUUGGACGGCGCUUGGGGAGGUGGGGGGUGUGGGGGCGUGUGUGGGGGUGGGUUUGGGCAUUUCCUUGGCUGGCACAGGUUGCGCCUGGGCGCGUGGGAGCGCUUUCGACGGCCAGGCACGGACCGCAGGCAGCGGGGAGGGCGCGCGGUGUUGUGGGUCUCCUGUUUUGUGCGCGGGUGCCCACGGGGUGGAAGCGGGGAACGGGCGAACGCGUGUGCAAGUGCGGAAGUGCUUAGAAUGCGCGCCGAGCGACCUUAACGCACUGCAACGGAUAUCUUUGCAGUAUUUGCGACCUAGCGGCAGCUUCGUGCGGCCGCGGCGCAGACCUCGGCGCAGGAAAUGCUAAAAAUGCCGACGCGGCGAACUAUGCCGCCCGAGCCCGCUGAGCAGUCCAAACGCCUUUAUGAAUGUCUCGACACCGAGCGGCGCUGGGUUGGAGGCCAGGCGCGCAGCCCGGCGCGAGGCAACUUCUGGAAACGGAGGGUGGGAAAGUUGCCUAGCGCAGGCAUCUGGCGGGGUGGGUCUGGUCUGGCAGCUAAGUUCCAGAGGCAACCUGACCCCCGCGCACGCACAUCUGAGGGUGCUUGGGUAGCCCUGCGCAGGCAUCUUGGGUGCCAUGUCCAUGCAUCUCGACUGGCCGGGAUGGUCUGCCCAGGCAUCUGGGAUGGCGGAGGCGGUCCGCCCAGGCACCUUAGCUGCCAUGCCCCCUCAGUUUAACUGGCGUGGUUUCCCACCCCGGAAACGUAGCGUGCCGAGUUUGGAUUGCGGGAAUGUCAGUAAGCACGGUAUGCCCGUUACCCACGUGGGUGCUGGUGCUGGUGCCAGUGUGCCACGGUGCCCAUGGCAAGCACGCAGCUCAAUCCGGCCUGCUUCCUAAAGAAUACUCUACACGCAGAGAUGCCAAGCGCGAUUUAUUCAGUGUGACAACUAGGUGGAGACCGUGGGUUCGGACAUGGAAACACGGUCUGGGGCCGCUAAAGCUGGGUUAAGCCGUGGAGCCUGCUGUGAUCUAUUUCACGGUAUCUGCUAUCUGGGUGACAAGCUGUAUUCCCUAGGAAAGCUGGCUGCGGCGCCGAGUUGGCUGUCACGCCCCGCGAACCAGUGGUUCGCAGAGAGCCUUUUGUUUCCCUGCUUGCCCAGUAGUUUUUAAGCUUGCUACUGCUUUACAUGUAGCCUUCUUGUGGCACCACAAGCCCCAAAGAAGGAAGCCUUGACCAUGAAUGUCGCAACUUCAGCAGAGUUCUGCAGCUCGAAGUAUCUAUAAAGGUGUUGUGGUUGCUUUUUUAUCAGCACGCACUCAGUAUAGGCCAGUAUAAGCCCUUGACUUCUCGGCUGAGCAGUGUGGCUGUGUAUGCGUGCCGGAGUGCUGGCAUACCCCUACACACUGCCCGUUACCCAUUCCAGACCCUCUUGCGGCAUUUUACCAAGCAAUUAGGUGGCUACAAUAGGCUACCCUCCUCUGGAAAUUUGCCAAGCAUCGUUCCCAAACUCGCUUUCCCGGCCGCCCGGCGCCCCGCUGAUGCGAUUGUAUAUCAGUAAAUGAUAUGUGGAAUUCACAUUAUGCACAUAUCGGCGCGAGUUCGCGCCGGAGUGCGCGCGGGACAGCUCGCAAAGUUUUUAUGCUCGCGAAACCGUCGCGACCUGUUUUCUCCGCGCGCGGCCGGCGCCGCGCCCCCAUUUUUAAUAUCGUGCAUAUCUAUUAUGCGAGUGCUACAAUACUGCAUAUCACCGGCGGCCGCGCGGCUGCGGCGAGCGGAAGGGCGAGCGCCCUCGGGAUUGUGCCGUAUACGCACGCACGCAGAGACGGACAAAACGAGAGCGACACAUCCCUCCGCAAUCGGAGAUUGCUCCGGGAAUCGGAGAUUGCUCCGGGAAAGACACUCCAGCGCACCACAUUAUGG